AUGCGUCGAAUCCAUGUCCACAAUCUUGCACUGCGACUUGCUACACUGCAAUCUACACGAAUCGCUUUGCGAAACGAGUUACCGGAACACAAGCCGAUCUCUCUGACACGACAUAUCCCCAGUUCUGCUCGAGAUCUCUUUCACUGGGAUUUCAUUUCUUCCAACAACAUACUGUUUUGUGCUGGCCAAGUAAACUGUCCAAGACACACUGUCGAUUUGAGUAUACGCACCGCACUCAAUGAAAUUAUCGCACAGGUAUCAUCAUUUCGGUCCUUGUAUCAGUAUUUUACUUCUUUGAAAUCGAAUUAUGUUAUAACUCACUGGCUUUUUCAAAAAAUUGUUAGUGGCGAGUGUAAGAUUGGCUGA